AUGAAAUUUGAGAAUUGUUCUACAUCGGAAAUUUUGCCAGUGGCGGCGACGGUGAACUACGCUGACAAUACCGACGCGAAGAACCUCUACAUCAUAUCGGUGAAGGGGAUCAAGGGAAGGUUGAACCGGUUGCCGUCAGCGUGCGUCGUAGACAUGGUUAUGGCCACCGUCAAGAAGGGAAAACCCGAUCUCCGUAAGAAGGUUUUGCCUACCGUUAUCGUCCGUCAGCACAAGCCUUGGCACCGAAAGGACGUAGUCUACAUGUACUUCGAAGAUAAUGCUAGUGUGAUUGUGAAUCCCAAAGGUGAAAUGAAAGGUUCUGCUAUUACUGGUCCAAUUGGGAAGGAGUGUGUUGAUCUGUGGCCCAGGAUUGCUAGUGCUGCCAAUGCUAUUGUUUAAGUUGGUUUUAGCUACUUUAAUGUUUCUGCAUUUUGAACUUGUUUUUGAUUGUGUUUUAGGUUGAAUUGUAGACAUAUAGUCUGUCUUGCUUGAUUUUGAGAUGAGAAUGUUUUUGAUGGGAUUAAUUGAUAAUUAUAAGAGUUGUUUCGGUU